AUGUGGUCUACAGUGCCUUCCUCGAGUCCGCACUCACAAAUGGAGCUGUCUAGUAUACGUGAUUUGGAAAGAAAGACUGGCGAGGUAACGAGUGCAAGCACUCGAUACUACAGCACAGAAGAGAAGACUGUAGAGAAUGACUCCAGCGACAAGCUGCCAGGUACCAUCGAAGAAUGCCACAAGCAAAUCGAGGCGCUCACCACCGAAGUGGCCAGCUUGAAGGACCAAAUAAAAGAUGUAGAUGACAAAUACAAGCGCGCAUUGGCCGACGGUGAGAACGUUCGCCGACGCAUGAUGAAACAAGUUGAAGACGCCAAGUCAUUCGCCAUACAGAGUUUCUGCAAGGACUUACUAGAUCCAAAACAAGGAGAAACGGUUAGCUAUAAUUCAUUCCGCGAGAAUUGUAUCUUUUGGUCGAAAAUGGCCAGUUCGGAUAGUGACCUAAGCGAAUACGAGAACGGUGAAAUUGUUCCGGACGCAAUUAAAGAAGUGGCGAAGUCGCAUAAACAUGCAGAUUUUUCGCUUUGGAAACACGUGAGCAAGCCACAUAGAGCUGACCGUGAGAAAAACAUGGCGUGCCCAAAUGUGGCAGAUACACUAGCUGCGGCAGCGGAAAGUGUCCCCGAGACUGCGGUCAGCGAUGGAGGCGCCGCCUUACAAUCCCUCAGGGAUGGAGUCACCUUAACUAGGGCUCAGCUGACACAGUCUAUUAAUGUCCCCACUGCUGGGGCACUGGUGGGUGCUAACGACUGCAAAUGCAGCCGGGACCAACAGUUUAACGUGCCUUCCGAAGCACGGAGGAGUGUUUGCGAGACAUGGUUUGGUAGCGGUGUCUCCUCUACGAGAGAAAUUCGAUCCCAAUUUGCACGAAGCACUUUUCCAACAGGAAGUGGAGGGAGCCGAACCCGGCACCGUAGUUGCAGUGAGCAAGGUUGGCUACAAGCUGCACGAGCGAUGCGUGCGACCAGCACUCGUGGGAGUCGCCAAGGGACCCUCCUCUUAGUGCCAACAAUACUAAGUCUAUUAGUACAAGAAGCAACCGAGAACAGAACCCUGGACUUGACGUUACAGUGCUAUUUUUGUAUUAGAAGUUUACUGAGAUUUUGUUUAAAUGAUAUUAAUAAAGAAAUUUUACCCGAAAAUAUUCCACUCAGUACAUCGCUCCACUCCGGAUUCGAUCCAGCAUCUUCUGCUAUCCAAGUCCAAGUUUUCUAA